UUCGUAGUCGCAAUCGCAAGAUUUGGCUGCGUUUCUGGCGCUUGCCGUUCAUUUGUGGCGCAAAAUAAUGUAAACAGUGUCAUUUCUCGCAUUUCUUGCUCUCGAAUGCACUCCUUGCUUUGUAUGGUUGAUUAUUUGAUAAAUAUUUAAAGUUUUGUUGCAAUGCCUGGUCAGAAAUGCUGUGUAAGAAAUUGCAAUGGAACGAAAGAUCUCAGCGCUAUUCCCGGUGGCAAAAUUGACGACACGCGAAGAAAAGUUUGGCUGACACAUUGUAGAAAAAAUUCUUCUUUGCUGAAGCAAGGGCGUGUUUGCCGCAAACAUUUCAGCCCCACUCAGAUGGUGGAAGCAAAUGGCAAGCUAUACUUGAAACAUGACGCCGUACCGGACCAAAACCUUCCUGGCCCCCCAUCAGAUGAUGACGAGCCACGCAUGGCUACCAAGAGACUUCGCCACUCCUCAGAUGAUGACGGACCGCCCGUGGCUGAUGGUCGUCCUGGUUCAUCAGAGCCAGAUGCCACCAUGUGCGACCCACGGACCAACAGUCCGCAGUCCGCAGUGCCUCGCCAUCUCGUGGAUCUGUCCUCCACUCCUCUGUCUGUGGAUGGAAAAAGGAGCUCCACGAGCAAGAAACGCGCUCUCAACCUAACACCAACAUCAAAAGUGAGGCGAACCAAGGUCACAAGUGCGGCUCGAAACGCGAGACGGGUGUGCUUGUCAACCAAAGGACAUCAGGAGCUCCAGCAGGUGUGCAAGUCGAUGGCAUGCACCAGCGGAACUGCAGUCAGGCGUCUUUGUAAGAUCAGCAACAUGGUAAACCGUUGUUGUGUCAAGACAUGCAAGCAACACUUCGAUUACAAGCCCCAACAUACGCAGGGUGCAAAAUGGAAACUACACAGGAUGCCCAAGGCUGGAGACAGCAGGCGCCAGGCGUGGCUGGAUGCCUUGGGCCUCCCAUCGGCCGAUAAGACUCUCUACGUGUGCAGCAUGCAUUUUGUUGACAGCGAUUACACCCCAAAUCGCUUCCUCCAGCCGGAGGCUGUACCCUCGAAGAACCUUGGUACGUCACCUGCGACGGCGACGUCACCUGCGAGUUCCGCGGAACCCCUGACGCCGUCACCAGCUGGACCAUCCGCGGCACUGGACCAUCCAGCGACGGCCGUGACGCCGUCACCAGCUGGACCAUCCGCGGCACUGGACCAUCCAGCGACGGCCGUGGCGUCGACUCUGCCGACGCCGGAGACGUCGGCGACGUCAGCUGCGCCGCUGGUGUCAACACCGCAUGGACACCAGCUGCGAGCUGGUAAACGGCGGUGGAGUGGAAGCAGUGCCGACGAACGACCGUCAGAGAUGUCCACGUCUGAUGGCCAGCGGGAACGUGACAUCCAACCAAGCACUGAGGAGGAGACAGUGGAGGAGUCUGUGUCUGACGGUGACGUUGAUGACUCUGACGGAGACCGGGAGGGUGGCGGUGACUGCCGUCGGCUACCGGUGCGGACGGCAGUGCUGACAGAGCCGUGCCUGGACGGGCUGCUGGAGCUGGCACGGGUCCGCUGCCACUGUGGACAGACCUGCCCACCGACGGUGCAACGCGUCCGCAUGGCAUUCAACGUAGAGUGGACCUGCUCGACGUGCGGCCCCAGAUGGGCUUGGACCUCCGUCUCCACGGAUCUGACGGCGCAUCGGCAGGUAGGGGCAGCCCGGACAACCCGGUGACCAGGACUGCGCUUCUCGACUUCAGUAAACUGUGGUGCUGCUCGUUGGACCACUGCUGUGUCGGGGAACGGUGGCGACAGCUGCCCUUGCCCUGCCAAGAUUCUGUCGUGGUAGGCGUCCGUGAAUCACGGGUGCCAGCGGUGUAUUCGGCUGUGCUAUGUAAGUUUGUGUGCCCCAAGUGUCCCUGCCUGUUUGAACUGGUUUACUCGGUGUCAAUAAAGGAUAGUUGAUGUAA